CAAUGAGGAGAGAGCGCGCGCUUGUUUGGUAACGCCGGGGCUGAGACGGAUCGCGGGGUUGCUGGAAGGGAUGGAUCGCAGCGAGAUCUAUUACUCGGACCGAUACAACGACGGCGAGUACGAGUACCGCCACGUCAUGCUGCCAAAGAAGAUCGCAAAGCUGGUGCCGAAGUCCCACCUGAUGUCGGAGACGGAGUGGAGGAACCUCGGUGUCCAGCAGAGCCCAGGAUGGAUACACUACAUGAUCCACGAGCCAGAGCCUCACAUCUUGCUGUUCAGGAGGCCGCUGCCGAAGAAGGAGGCUGAAGCAAUCUAACCCCCCCUCCCCCUCCCUAACCUACCCGACACCCUGGAACCAGCAGCAAGUAUCCACAUUCCUCCCUGAAUCCACCGACCCGCCUCCACCCGUUCCUUCGUCGCAUUUUGUCGCCUUGUGUACUCGGAAGUGUUGGCUGCAAACUGGGAUUAUGGACGAUGUUUCCUCUGUGUUCUACUUCACCCUUGUGGAGGAACUGUUUGCGUAGGUAGCCCUCGAGUCUGACCAACCCAGCAGGCGAUUCCGUCAUUCUGAUUCUGGUCACGGGAAUCAUGAACCACCCUUGUCCAUCGGAAUGUGAACCUGGUGUUGCUCCUUACUGAAUAUUUACAGGCAGGCUGCUGGCUGUAGUUUGGUGGGGACUGCACUGUCGUAAUCAACUCCUAACCCACUACCUCCCUUCACUUUCCCCCACCUCCCUUCUCCCUUUCGCCGCAUCAGCUGUGUUCAAGAUUCUCCCUUUAAUGCCCUUUCAGGAUUCUUCACGGAGAUCUCCCUUCGUUUAUCAGAGCUUUUGGAACAGUGCAGAUCAAGGUGGAGGGGUUAGAAGGGGUGGGUGACAGUCAAUUGUAGGCACCUCUUUUCGAUCCUUGCCCUUUGACACUGACCACAGGGCUUCUCCAAGACCUUUUGCCACAUGAGUUUGGACGUGUGGGUGUGCUUGCUCAGGCUGGGCAGCAUCUGCAGUAUCAGAGUCAGUUCAUAUUUCAGGCUGGCGAUGCUUCUGAAGGGCAGGGGGGUGGUGCAGGGGGUUUGAAGUACAGCAAGGAAGAGAAAGGGGCAGGGACCCAAAGUUGGAGAUGGAUUGGGCAGAAGGGGAGAGCUAAUUGUCUUCUCCCUCCAUAGCCGCUGCCUGACCUGCUGAAUGUUUCCAUAGCUUUCUGGCUGUGUUCUUGGGUUUUCCAGCCUUGUGUUGUCUUCCUGCUGUGAUGGGCUGGUUGGUGGGGGAUGGGGGUCUGGAAUUGAGAGGGGAGGGGAAGAAAUAAACCCCAAAACACUGCUCGUCACGUCGUGCUUCGGAAGCUUCGUAGCCAACAGUUCCUGUUGUUAUAUCCUACAAUAUUCUCACUGUUUGGAUCCGGAUGUUCCGGUGUGGCAGCAUCCACUGUCCGAGCAAGUGGAGCAAGGGCAGUGUGACCCUGUCCCUUGGACCUGGGCUUUAGAAAGUCCCAAAGCCUCUGUCUAUUCCUCUCCACCCGGUACUGGGUGCUGCAUUUCCUCCCAUUGACUAGUGACAUGCAGGAUCAGUUGGUUAGUUUCUGGGUGGGGAAUAGCAUCGGGAGGUGGUGGGGGGGAUGCUGGAAGUGGUGUAAGUGGGCCCCCACAACCUUUGUACCAGUGCCAAAGGAAGAUGCACAUAGGAGAGAUUUAAAAUAAUUUUCAAAUAGUCCUCAUGGGAAAACUGUGAAACCCUCCCAGAUUCUGCAGAGGCUGGAAAUGCAGAGUAAUACACACACACUCACAACGCUGGAGGAGCUUGGCAGGCCAGGCAGCAUCCAGGAAGGGGAAUAACCAGCCAAAGUAUCGGGCUGAAACCCUUUAUUGGGUUUGGAAGGGAAGGGGAGGUGCAGAGGAUGAAGUGAGGAGCUGGGAAGUGAUAGGUAGAAGAGGUAAAGGGGUGAAGAAGGAAUUGGGAGAGGAAAGUGGACUCCAGGAGGAGGGGCACCAGAGGGAGGUGAGAAGGGGUGAGUUGUGAAACAGAAUGGGGAAUAGAAAAAGACGGAAGGGAGAGGGGAAGAAAUUACCGGUAACCAGAAAGACCAUCCCUAUAAGAGUAACAUGAUGUUACAGUGCACAGCUAACAGAGCUAGGGGCCAUGGGCAGGGAGGGGAGAUUAUUAAAGUGGCCAGGGGUCUGGGGUCUCGGGUCUCCCUAGCAGGCCACAUUGGUCAGCGUAUGCUUGACCCUCUUGGUGCCGAAGAAGGCUGUGACCACAGCCACCCAGAUCGAGGGGCAUGAUGUUGGGUCGCUGAUUAAUUUGGGAGGGGUGUGUGCGAGGGUGUUGAGCUGGCAGCAGGUGUAUUUUGCACAGACUUUACUGAAGGUGCAGUGUCUGUGUGUGUUUGUGAGACGGAAGCCCCUUUAUCCCACAGUUUGAUGGGAUCCUUGGGUCGCAGGGUCCUCUGUGUCAAUCCUCCCUUAGAGGAAUGAGGGAACUGGCCGCUGGUUGACCAGGAGGCAGAGCAGACUGGGGAUUGAACAGUUUGCAGUUUCUUCUGAAUGCCGGGCAGGGAAGUUCCUUGAGUUAUUUCCAAGCACCCUGUGGCUUGCUGUCUCUUGCUCAUCAACAAAUCCCAGAUAGGCCGUUUAUCCCCUCAGUUCUGGAAAGGCUUGACACCCUGGAGGACUGUCUCCGAAACCUCAAUGCUGCUAAAACCUGCGCAGCCAGUUCAAUCCCCUCUUGUUACCCUGUGGUCUGUUUGGCAGUGUACUGCUGGGUGCCAAUGGCUCUGGGGCUUUGAUGCAGACACUGAUCUUCCUCUUCGUGCUGCCAGUUUAUUGAGUUUUGUUGAUAAAUGGUUAUGCUCAGAUUUCUGUCUUGUAUGUAGAGAAAUACUUCAAUUUGUUAGCCCCCAUUAUCCGUAGCAUGUUCAUGCAUAUUGAUCGUGUAAACCUUUCUGGCAUGUUUAUUACAGUCUGUACUUGAUUUUAAUACACUUUUUUAUUAUUAU